UGACACCUCCUCUGCUGGCUGCUGCCGAUGUGACUGAGCCGAGGCUCCUUUUACAGAAAGCAUCGCUCUGAUAUGUCAGUGUCGGAGCCGCCGGUGCAGCGCCGCGCUCCUCAUGCUGCUGCUCUCCUCACUUUCCUCAUGCCUCGACCGGGACUACAUUAUUUCACUGGGGUCUCCGCCAACACGUCCAGCUGAGCGGUGGUCGGUGGGCAAACCCUCCUCACAGGCAGAGGGGCAGCAAGAGGGCGAAAGAGAGGUCCUUCCCCUCCCUCGGCUCCCUUUCCUGAGGAGACUGCUGCCGUUGUCGCUCCGCGUCCAGGCUGCCCUCCCCCCUCCGACUUCACAGGGCAGCCACGGACAGCUUGGCUCGUUUCCACAGAGGCUCCGAUCCUGCAGCCACGUCAAUCACGUCUUCACCGCUGGCUGCGCGGCGGCCCUCGUGGCCAGGAUGCCAGUGUGUGCCGUGCCAGUCCACUGUGGACGGUGAGGGGCCAGAGGAGGCGACCGAGUGCCGGAGACUGAGAGGAAGCAGUUCCCACCAAACAGGAGAGAUGAACCUCUGCUGGAAUGAGAUCAAACGCAAGUCCCACAACAUUCGGGCACGGCUCGAAGCUUUCUCCGACAACAGCGGGAAGCUGCAGCUCUCUCUGCAGGAGAUCAUAGAAUGGCUGACAGCCAAGGACGAGGAGCUAUCGGAGCAGCUGCCCAUAGGAGGCGACGUUGGGGCCGUCCAGCACCAGAGAGAGUUCCACCAGGCGUUUAUGGAGGAUGUCAAGUCUCGCGGGCCCUUCAUCUACUCGGUUUUGGAGUCAGCCCAGGCCUUUCUGGCUCAGCACCCCUUCCAGGAGCCAGAGGAGACCCUGACCGAUGGAAAAGAGGUGUCUCCACGGCGACGGAUUUUGAACGUGAGCCGAUCUGUGUGGAAGCAGGCGAACGUGGCGAGUGACCUGUGGGAAAAACUGACCGCUCGCUGCGUGGACCGCCACAGGCACAUGGAGAGGACACUGGAGCGCCUUUUGCAGAUCCAGGCAGCCAUGGAGGAGCUGGCAGGGGCCCUGGAGCAGGCAGAGGGCGUGAGGGACGCCUGGGAGCCUGUUGGCGACCUCUUCAUCGACUCACUGCAGGACCACAUUGACGCCACCAAGUUGUUCAAGGAGGAACUCUCGCAGGUGAAAGAGGGCAUGAAGCAGGUCAAUGAGUUGGCCCACCAGCUGGCAAUCUCUGAUGUCCAUUUGUCGAUGGAGAACGCCCGGGCCCUGGAGCAUCUCAACAGCAGAUGGAAAGUGCUUCAGGGCUCCAUUGAGGAGCGGCUGAAGCAGCUCCAGGAUGCACACAGAGACUUUGGCCCUGGAUCGCAACACUUCCUCUCCAGUUCGGUCCAGGUACCAUGGGAGCGUGCCAUCUCCCCAAACAAAGUGCCCUAUUACAUUAACCAUCAGGCCCAGACAACAUGCUGGGACCAUCCAAAGAUGACAGAGCUGUACCAGGCGCUGGCGGAGCUGAACAACAUCAAGUUCUCUGCAUACAGAACAGCUAUGAAGCUUCGACGGGUUCAGAAGGCUCUGAGAUUGGACCUGGUGGCGCUGAGCAGCCUGGUGGACGUGUUUCGGGAGCAGGAGCUGCAGCAGGGGGAGCAUGUGAUGGAUGUAGUGGAGGUGAUUCACGGCCUGACGGCCAUGUACGAGAGGCUGGAGGAGCAGAGGUCCAUUCUGGUCAACAUCCCUCUCUGCGUUGACAUGUGCCUCAACUGGCUGCUCAAUGUUUAUGACAGUGCACGAAACGGCAAAAUGCGAGUUCUUAGCUUCAAAAUGGGACUGGUGAGCUUGUGCAUCGCAGACGUCCAGGAGAAGUACAAAUACUUGUUCCGUCAGGUGUCCGGUCCUGGAGGCUUGACAGACCAGCGUCACCUCAGCCUGCUGCUGCAUGAAGCCAUCCAGAUCCCCCGCCAGCUGGGCGAAGUCGCAGCUUUCGGCGGCAGCAACACGGAGCCAAGCGUCCGGAGCUGCUUCCGCAUGGCCCCUGGGAAGCCUGCCAUUGAGGUGUCUCAUUUCCUGGAAUGGAUGAGCCUCGAGCCCCAGUCGAUGGUUUGGCUGCCCGUCCUGCACCGCGUAGCUGCUGCAGAGUCCACCAAGCAUCAGGCCAAAUGCUACGUCUGCAAACAAUGCCCCAUUAAGGGUUUCAGGUAUCGCAGUUUGAAGCAGUUCAAUGUGGACAUCUGCCAGACAUGUUUUCUAACCGGCCGCACAAGCAAGGGCAAGAAGCUGCACUACCCCAUCAUGGAGUACUACACCCCAACAACCUCGGGAGAGAAGAUGAGGGACUUCGCUAAGACUCUGAAGAACAAGUUCAGGUCAAAGCAGUACUUUACAAAGCACCCGCAGAGAGGUUACCUGCCUGUGCAGUCUGUACUGGAAGCUGAAAGCUCAGAGACCCCUUGCUCCUCACCCAGGCUGCCCCAUGCAGACACACACAGCAGGAUUGAACACUACGCCAGCAGAUUGGCAGAAAUGGAAAACCAGAAUUGCUCAUUCUUCACGGAUAGCCUGUCUCCAGACGAGAGCCUGGAUGAAGAUCAGUACCUCCUGCGUCACUCCAGCCCAGCCCUGGACCACGAUUCACCCUGCGGGCAGCACAUGCUACUGGCUCACCUGGAGCAUCAGGACAAGGAGCAGCUCCAAUGCACCCUGGCCCGCCUGGAGAACGAGAACAGGGUGCUGCAGAGCGAGUACAGGCGACUCAAGUGGAAACACGAAGAAGCAGCGGCGCUUCCCAUGCUGACCGAGGCUGGUGAGGGCGGCCCCGGGUCGCCCACAGCGGGAGGGGCGCAGGACGAAGAGCUGCUGGCGGAGGCGCGGGUGCUGCGGCAGCACAAAACGCGCCUGGAGACCCGGAUGCAGAUCCUGGAGGACCACAACAAACAGCUGGAGUCGCAGCUGCGCCGACUCAGGGAGCUUCUGCUACAGCCCAAAGAUGAUUCGGAGGCGAACGGAUCCGAGCUGUCGACGCUCUCCUCUCCGGUGUCAGGAGGCGGGCGCCAAGGGGAGCCGCCCAGCAGGGAGAUGACCGACACCGAGGCAGCAGGAGAUGAUUUGGAGCGCGAGCAGGACACCGUGCUGCAGCUUCAGGAGGUCAUCGAACAGCUGAGAAACGUCUUCCCCUCCGAGCCGGGCACCACAUCACACAUCUAACCCUGUGAGGGGCCUACAAUAACAGAACGGCAGCCUGAAACGAGGCACGAGGUCAGGCGGCGACACGUCAGACCCUGCGACUGCCACGGCGCCGCCGCCAUUAAGAACUAACCCUCAUCCGGAUCGCUGUGCACUAAAAGCCUUUCUCAUGCAAACUGCCAGAGGCUCACGCUGAUGCCCUUUUUGGCCAGGCUGCGCUUCAUAAGCUCAGUGACAGCAUGCUAAGGAGCCAAGAGGAAUAUAUUGUUAGCAGAAGGUCAAAGGGUAAAAAAACGACAACAAAAAAAACGAAACGCCCAACCAAGACACUGUGCUUACCAGUAUUUGUGUAGUCGUUCAGAGGUGUGAAGCUUUAUAUCAGAUCAGAGCACAAAGUCCAGAAGUACUGGAAAAAUACAAAACUGGAGGGGAAGGGGGUCACUUGUGUACGACUUUGUUUUAGGGCCAUUAUAGAGAGAAGAAAAUGAGUAAAUUUCAGAGAAAAAAAUUCUAAGAUUAAUCUCAGAAAUUUUCAACUUCUCAAACUCAGAAAUUUCAAAUUUACUUUGAGAAAAUUUCAGCGAUUACUCUCAGAAUUGCUGAGUUUUUUCUAGGAAAUCUUUGACUUUUCAAAAUAAAAAAUCUCCAAUUUUUUUCUAGAAAAUUUCUGAUUACUCUCAGAUUUUCUGAGGUUUUUCUCAGAAAUGUACUCCUCCUUUUUCUCUCUCCAUCAUGGCUCUAACACGCCAUCGUACCUGCGUGUUUUUUACGUUUGAAUGUGUUAUCAUGGUUUAUUUUUCAGAUUUUGGUAAUUGCAUCAGGGCUGCUGUCUGAUUUCAUAUCACUAGGAGAUGCAAAUUGGAGCUGGCAGCCCCCAGAAGAGCCGGGGGUUUUUUUGUUUGGGUUUUUUUUGUGAGAAUGGUGCAUUUUCAUAAGUUAAAUCCAUGAUUUAUUAAAGACUGCCCAAAGUGCCCGCCA